AUGGUUAAGAGUUCUAUUGAAACAAUUUCAGAAACAGUUGACAAUGAAAAAGAUACUGCAGUUGAAUUGGAUCACGCACUGUCUGUGGCCGGUACCGGUUGGUAUAACAUAAGAUACAGUUUGGCCUUGGCCCUGUUCUUAAUAUCUACAAUAAUAGAUACGGUGGGAUAUUCGUACAUCCUUCCAGCUGCCAGAUGUGACCUACAGAUGAGUGACUCGCAACGUGGACUCAUAGGUUCAAUGCCAUAUAUUGGCAUAGUCGUAACAUCAUUUCCCUGGGGCUACCUUACGGAUACUAGAGGAAGAAAGGUAAUGAUUGUGUCCAGCUCACUGGCUGCUGGUACUUUCGGUGUACUAGCUGCAUUUAUGCCUGAAAUUAAUAGUUUUACUGUAUUCAAACUCCUUUCAGCGUUAUGCAUAGCAUGUCCAGCGUCCGUGCCGUAUUCGUUUAUUGGAGAAAUAAUACCUCAAAAAUACAGAGAUAUCACAAUGUCUAUAACCAACGCUAUGCAAAUAUGUGGAUCAGCCAUUGUUCCUUUGCUAGCGUGGGCGAUACUACCUCUCGACUUUAGAGUUAAUUUCGGGGCAUAUGAUUUCCGAUCUUGGAGGCUACUUACGAUUUUAUAUUCAAGUUCUUUUAUUAUAAGCGCUUUACUUAUGUCUUUUGGUCCAGAAAGUCCUAAGUUUCUUCUUGCGAAAGGAAAACACGAGGAAUCAUUAAACACAUUAGGGAAAAUAUAUGCUGGAAACAAAAGAAAACCAGCUUCCGAUUAUCCAGUAAAAAGCUUAAAACUAUCUGAAGAGAAUCAAAAAAUAAAGGAAUCGUUUCUUAGAUCUUUGGUUCAACAAAGUUUACCGUUAAUAAAACCGCCUUAUUUGAAGUGGUUACUACUUAAUGGAGUUUUAUUCUUUGGAAUAUUUGCUACACUAAAUGGGUUAUAUAUGUGGGUACCAGACAUUCUAAAUAGAGUUCUCACCGGUAACCAAACAGGUCUCACCGCUUGCGAUGUAAUAGCUCAAAGGCUUAAUCAGACGGUGGAGGAAAAUGGAGAGUGUGACGACACAAUAAACACACAGACAUUUGUGAUAAACACUGUAGCCAAUUUCUGUUGCGCCAUAAUUGCCCUCGUCUUCAGUAGUACUGUAAAGUUCCUGGGAAAGAAAACUUUACUGAUCUUCGUGUAUAUGGUUAUAGGCAUAUUCUGUAUACUGAUAAAUUUCAUGACUCAAAAUAUAGUAUUUGCGAUACUAUUAUCUGCGAUACCACUCACUGGUCUUGCUGUUGGACCAGUAAACUCCUAUGCUGUUGAAAUAUUUCCAACAAAUUUAAGGGGCAUGGCAAUCAGUCUUACAAUGAUGAUCGGCAGAACCGGGUCCAUAGUAGGUACUAACGUCGCUGGGAUCUUAAUCAACACUUUCUGUACACUAACGUUCUAUAUCUUUGGGGGUGCUUUAAUACUUUGUGGGCUGCUUUCAUUUUUAUUACCUAGAGCGAAGAUUGAACCAAAAUCCAAAGAAGUGGAGAUCCAUAAAACAAAAGCUAAGCCGGAAAUAUAA